GUCGGCGCCACGUGCGACAGAGUUGGUUCCUCGUCGAGCGAACCAACCGGUUCGGAGUCAUGCAGCUCAUGAGAUGGAGCAUCACGCGCCGCCUCGAGUGCCGGGGGACCAGGCAGGGCACCUGCAGACCCUCCAGGCCCUCCAGGUUCUCCUACCACCGAUUUUCCGGAGAGGAAAAUGACUUUACGUCGGAUGGCGAGGAGAGUGGCGGUGGAGGAGCUGGCGGAGACGAGGCCGUGGACCUCACGGCGUCCAGGUCGACGCAUCAGGGCGACGAGGACGACAAGGAUCAGGAGGACGGUCUGGAGGAGGACGAAGAGGAGGGCGUGGACGAUCAGGACGAGCAAGAGGACGACGAGGAAGGAUCGCGGAAGCAAAUGCAUCACAGACAGGACGCGGAGAACAACAACAAUUUCGUAGAGGGUGGCACCGCCGCCGGCCUGUUCCCACCGGCUGGGACUAGCCACGUCACCCUGGAAGCCCUUCAAAACACGAAAGUGGCGGUCGCACAGUUCGCGGCGACGGCGUUGGCCGGUGGCGCCGACACCGAGGCCGCGCUCCAAGACCUGGCGCUGCUGCAGAGCACCCUGUACACGCUGCAGCAUCAACAAGUGUUCCAGCUACAGCUGAUCAGCCAACUGCAGCAGCAAUUGUCGAUCACGCACAGUCAAACGAUGCAACAGCCAGCGGCCGGCGGCGAGCCGUCGGACACGGUGAAGGAGAUAUCGCCGUCGCCGAUCAUCCAGCCUAAACCGCUGUCCAGCUUGACGUCGCCUCCGUCGUCGCGUCCGCCGUCGCAUCAGCAAACAUCGCCAGCUCCAAUGACGCCGAACCUGACCGCUCAGGAACGGCCGACGCCGACCAGCAGCGCGUCACCGCUGAAUAUCCCGCUGAUCUCGUCGAACGCGACCGGCGCGACCGCCACCGGCAGCAACACCGGCAGCCAGGUGCCCAUGUCGCACCAGAUACCGCCCCUCUGCUCCAUCAGCUCUUCCCUAGCCUCGUCGAUAAUAACCAACACCGAUCCACCGCCGUUGCACGAGCCCAACACUCUGGAGAUGUUGCAGAAGAGGGCGCAGGAGGUGCUGGACAACGCGAGCCAGGGACUGCUGGCGAAUAACCUGGCGGACGAGCUGGCGUUCAGGGGUGGAAAAGGCUCCCGUCUCUCACCGUACGACUCAAAGUCCGGUGGUAGCGGUCGCGGGGAGCCGUUCUUCAAGCAUCGGUGCCGCUAUUGCGGCAAGGUGUUCGGCAGCGACUCGGCGCUUCAGAUCCACAUACGAUCGCACACAGGUGAGCGACCCUUUAAAUGCAACGUCUGCGGCAGCCGCUUCACCACGAAAGGAAACCUCAAGGUCCACUUCCAGAGGCAUACGGCCAAGUUUCCACAUGUUAAGAUGAACCCGAAUCCCGUUCCGGAACACCUGGACAAGUACCAUCCACCCUUGCUACAACAAAUCGCCUCCGGUCAGAGACCGAUGCCGUCCCCGCCGCCGCCACCGCCCUCUCACCAUCCCACCUUUCACCCGACCGCGGCCCACGGUUUUUUACCCCCUCAGCCGCCGUUGCCGCUCAGCCUGGCCCUUCCCGGUAUACCAACCCUGUACAGAUCGCCGGUUAUCGCUCAUCGGGACGAUCAGGACGUGCCGGAGAACCUGAGCAAACCCGUUGUUACCACUGCCCCGACCACGUCGUCCCCACAUUCCCCCGCGGUUGCGUCCAACUCUCGUCAUUCCUUUCACGACAAUCACCAUCAUCACCACCACCACCACCAUCACCACCAUCACCAACAACAACAACAACAACAACCAUUACAACAACAACAACAACAACAACAACAACAACAACAAAAGCAGCAGCUCGAGCAGAGGGACGAGAUCAAGCACGAACAACGAUCGCCCAUUCAGGAACAUCAGUAUCAACAACAACAACAGCAACGGCCCAGCGAGGGUCAGGAACCGACCGAGAGGAUAACGCCGAAGAAAGAGCCGGAGGAGGCCGAGGAGCCUACAGAGGAGGAGAGCGAGGACUUCGAGGAGGCGGCCAGACGGUAUUUAAACUCACCCCAAUCCUCCGUCAAUCCAUCCUCUCAACCGCAGACGUACGAAGACUGUAGCAUGGACAGUAAGAUGAGCGGUCGACUGGAGGGAGACGGCGACAUGGAGGUCGACGAGGAGAUCGAGGAGCAGCCGGAGAAUUUGUCCGGUCGGGGGACCAUCGGUCGUUUGCCGCAGCACAUUGUCGCGUAUCCCGGAGCCUCCCCUGCUAGCAGUAGCGCCAGUAGCGGAAGCCUUCAAACGUCCUUCGCGGGGAUUUUGUUCCCAGGGCCGCCGGCGCAUCAUCAAAUACCCGCACAUCACGCCGCACCGCCGACCGUAAACGCGCCCGCCAACGUUCCCACCAACGAGAUGAUCGACCCGGCCAAGGAUCCGGCUAUCUACUCCAGCCUGUUGCCACGGCCGGGCAGCAACGACAACUCGUGGGAAAGUUUGAUCGAGAUAACCAAGACCUCGGAAACGUCCAAGUUGCAGCAGCUGGUCGACAACAUUGAACACAAACUGACCGAUCCUAACCAGUGUGUCAUCUGUCAUCGGGUCCUCUCCUGCAAGAGCGCCCUCCAGAUGCAUUACAGGACCCACACUGGCGAACGGCCGUUCAAGUGCAAGAUCUGCGGCCGGGCGUUCACCACCAAGGGUAACCUGAAGACUCACAUGGGCGUGCACAGGGCGAAACCGCCGUUGAGGAUGUUGCACCAGUGCCCGGUCUGCCACAAGAAAUUCACCAACGCGCUGGUGCUGCAGCAGCACAUACGGCUGCACACCGGCGAGCCGACGGAGCUCAGUCCGGAGCAGAUCCAAGCGGGCGAAGUGAACGAAUUCCCACCGGGUUACUCGCACCACCCGUUGGCCUCGUUCCUCCCGCAGGGCUUCCCACCGAUUCAUCCCGCGGCCGGUGCCGGAUUCCCCUUGACGUUUCCUCCGACUCGACAGCAACCGCUGGAAAGACAGGUACAAGAGAACGACAUGGAUUCGAAAGACGAGCCUCAACAGCAGCAGCAACAGCAGCAGCAACAGCAACAACAACACCAGCAUCAUCAGCAUCAGCAUCAGCAUCAUCAUCAACAGCAACAGCAUCAUCAUCAUCAUCAUCAUCAUCAGCAACAACAGCAGCAACAGCAACAGCAGCAGAGGUACUCCGAGGAGCAGAGCGAGGAAGCGGACGACCAGGACGACGAGGAGGACGAUCGCAGAGAGGAUGACGACAGAUGCGUCAAUGUGAAUCGCGGUGGAGAUGUGGACGACGAGCAGGAUCGCGAGAGCGAAGAGAACGAGACGCAGAAGGACGCGGUGUCGUCUCUGCCGAGCUUCUCGACCUCGUUGGCCGCCCUGGAGAACCAGGUGCGAACGAUCACGACGACCGCGACGUCGACGGUGGGGAACCUCGCGGCCAGGUCGCCGCCACAGUUUCACCGUUACAACGGCAGCGAGAAGAGCAACAGCCCCCCGAACCCUAGCGCCCCGUUGGACCUGACACCUCGGGCCUCGUCCACACCGGCCUCGGUCGCGUCGGUGCCAACGCCACCGCCUCAGACGAGCACGCACCAUCCGCACCCGUUCGGCAUGUUUGCAGGCCUGCUGCAAGCGGUCUCCUCGUCCUCGCCGUCCACCAGCGGCAUCGGCUCCUCGAGUAUAAACAGCGUCGUCAACUCGAUGAACGCCGUGACACCCGGGAGCGUCUCCGCCGCCGGACCGUUGGCCUCCCUCACCACGUCAGCCGUGUUGGCCGCCACGUCCACCUACAAUCCGCUCGGCCUGGCUGUCGGCGGGCCAGCAGUGCGUGGAAACACCACAUGUAAUAUCUGCUACAAGACAUUUGCGUGCAAUUCCGCGCUGGAGAUCCAUUAUCGGAGCCACACGAAGGAGCGGCCUUUCAAAUGCAGCAUAUGCGACAGAGGGUUUUCCACGAAGAACGAUGGUUCCGGGCAGCAAGCAUGCAUCUGUGCGUCUCAACCGUUGCCCGCUAACAGUUCGAUCGGUUCGCCCGAUCCUCAAUUCGGAUCAGCGUGCGCCAGUAGUCGAGAAAAAGCGAAACGCAGGCGGCGGCGGCGACCCGAGGAUCGGAAGAGCCGGGGGCGGAAAGGAGCCGGAGGGGGGCGGGGGCUCACGCCUCUCUAUCCUGCCAUCCGCCUACCCCCGCUGAUGUCGCCCGCCCUCGGACUUCUACCCUCGGCGCACGGCCUCCUGGGGAACAUGAAGCAGCACAUGCUGACGCACAAGAUCCGCGACAUGCCGCCGCACUUGUUCAGCGACUCGAAGCAGCAACACUCUCAGCAGCAAUCGCAGGAGCACGAGACCUCGUCGAGAAGUCCGAUGUGCGCGGAGGACUCGAGCUUGCCGCCGCCUCCGCCGCCGCCGCCUCCGCCACCACCGCCGCCGAUGCCGCCGACCUCGAUGGGGGAGCAGGGCAUCGCGGUGAAACGAUCCCCGCCAGAGGGGGAGCUACCAGCGCCAAAGAGACCAGCCAGCGUGCCGAGCAAACACUUGUGCCAGAUUUGCAAUAAGAAUUUCUCCUCAUCUUCGGCGCUGCAGAUCCACAUGAGAACUCACACAGGGGACAAACCGUUCCGAUGCACCGUCUGCCAGAAGGCCUUCACCACCAAGGGCAAUCUCAAG